GGAGUAUGCUGUCCUUUGGAGUGACAGUUAAAUAGUGAGGCUUCCCUGGUACAUUUUCUCUAUCUGCUCUGCUUGUCGCUCUAAUAACACUGUGGCUGAAAUAACGUACUACUGAUCCAUACAAAGACCCAAUUUGGUCCACCGCUGAUAACGAUAAACAAACGCACCUUCUUGCCAACAAGGACUUGACCACCUUUUUUUAUAUCACCUCCAUCCAACUGCUUCAAAAGAGAACACUAAAUCAGACCAAAAUGGUUGAACUUAUACAUCCUCCCGAUCCCCGCACAUUACUUCCUCCCAUCCUGGCAUGCCUCCCCACCGCAUUCGUAUCGCCACGCCCUCCUCCGGCUCUUCUCCCUCUUCUGUCUCCGAUUCUGCGCCAACGAGUCCAGUUCCUCACUUCGGUUUCGGUUUCGCCAACGGAUUCAUGGCUCCGGUUACUUUCGUGGAAAUUAGAGAAAGGAGAGGAACUUCAGGCUCUCGUCGACGGCACAAAUUUCGAGCCCCACCCCGUCUCGGGGGAAAUCGAGCUGCCCGAUGAACUGCGCGUGAGCUACAAACGGAUCGACGAAGAGACGCUUCAUGCACAGAUCGCGCUUCCCGAGUACCGCUUAAAGGCCAUCUAUCUUUGGUGCCCGCCUGAUCAAGAGAAUGAAGGACCGGGCUGGCGACUGGCCGAAUUGUUACCCCGAGAAGGAGCGACGGAGGAUGAAGAGACUUGGUCCACUUCGAUCGGGGAGGCGAAUGCACAGUCCAAGGGGAGAUUGAUGGAGGAUGCACUACGGGCUGCGGAGAAUGAUGAACGUGCCAAGCAAAACGGUCAAGGGCAGCAAGAGCAAGAAGAGGACGAAGACGAUGCUGCAUACUGGGCUCAGUACGAUGCGACACCGGGGCGAACCCCGGCCGUCAAGACACCAGCUCCCAAUCCUGCUUCCUCCCUAGAACAGCAGAACGCAUCUGAGGCAUCGUAUUUCUCUCGAUAUGGCGCCGUGCAGCCAGCUAUGGAUAACCAUGACCCUGAAGAGGAACAGCCCGAGGUGGGACCAACCUCACUUAAUGGAGACUUGCUGGCCAGUCUCCUGCAAAGGCAGGUUGGCCCUGAAGCUACAGACUCGUCUGCACGGCCCAACGGCUACCCGCCUGGAGCAGCCAAUGAGGAGAGUGUCGCGUCACUCAACCACCCCCGUCCGUCGUCGGACUCGUCUGCCAGCUCCGAUGCAGUAGCAAAGCUGGAAUUGGAAGCAGAGAGCCGGUCUGCGUGCGAAGUAGGAGUAAAACAGCAUAUCACUUCCAACAUCAAGAGUCUCUUUCGACUGGCCAAGAGCACGGGGAUCUCUCGAACAGAGUUUCAGUCUUUGGUCAAGACGGAAUUGGACUUGCUGGACAUGACUGAUGUUGAAGAGUAACGAAGUCUUUUUGUUGUCUUUGCUAUUUUGAGCUUUUUGUUGAUUCCAGAGCGUGUCUUGGACGGAGUCUAGGCAUAGAAUAUAGUUAUAGUAUGGCUUGGGAGCUGGGUUGCUAUCAAUUGAUCAAUUGAACUACAUACGAAUAC